AUGCCAUUGGCUCCGACGUUGUGCAAGAACAAGAAGAGGUUGUCGAAGCAGCUGUCCAUGUGUGAAACCCCGCGUGACAUUGCAUGGGAGAAGCGGCGGCGCCAGAUUCUGAGGCAAGAGCGGAGAAAAACGAAUGACAGUAAUGAUUCGGACCAGUCCUUGACUGAUGAAGACUUGCAUGAGUUGAAAGGAUGCAUUGAGCUUGGUUUUGGAUUCAACGAAGAAGAGGGUCAGCAAUUAACCAACACAUUGCCGGCUUUGGACCUUUAUUUCGCAGUCAACCGUCAGCUUUCUAUCAGCCCCGUCUCAACCCCGCAAAGCGGCCGACAUUCCACCUCCUCACUCGGUGGUCGUUCUUCCUCAUUCGGUAGCCCAAGGAGCGAUUCAGAUUCUUGGAAAAUUUGUAGCCCAGGGGACAAUCCUCAGCAGGUGAAGACGAAGUUGAGACAUUGGGCACAAGCUGUGGCAUGUUCUCUGAUGCAAUCUUCCCAAAGUGACAUUCCAUGA